AUGCAGUCCUUAAACGAUGAUAAUGCAUCUCAAGCUGAUACUGUGGAUAUUGGAACCUAUGACCAUUCAAUUCCAAAAGCCUAUCCUGUGAAAGAGGAAGAGUCAAAUGGCUACAUGACACAACAAUCCUUCAGCGGCUCCAGUCAUAGUUCGAAUAUUACUGAUGAUGCCUCAAAGCAAGCUGGGCAAAGGUUUUCUAUGACCCCUUAUAUGACACCUCGGCUUACUCCAACAGCAACUCCAAGAAUAAAUUCCACUAGUGUGUCCCCCAGAAGGUAUUCAGCUGCCGGAUCUCCUCAGAAAACCUCUGGUACCAAUUCUCCAAUAAAAUCUCAAUAUGAAGGACGGGGUACACUUUCUUCAUGGUACCCGUCAAGCCAGCAGUCAUCAGCUGCAAACUCUCCUCCACGUGGACGCCCAAUGCCAGGUUUGGAAGAUCUAUUGCAAAAUCCAAUUUGA